AUGUCGUACCAGGCUACGACAACAGAUAACACUGUUGUUGAACCAGAAGAACACAAUAUUCCAACAAAACAACUGAGAACUAGUGUUGCAAAAGAUACCUUAAAUCCUGAGUGGAAUGAAGAACUGACCCUUUAUGUAAAAGAUGUUAACAUUCCAAUACUUGUGACAGUUACAGACAAAGACACUUUCACACCAGAUGACAACAUGGGUGAUGCAGAAAUAGAUUUAAAGCCAUAUCUUCAGUGUGUGAAGCUGGAGUUAAGAGAUCUGGCAGAGGGUCACAUAGUGAAGCAGAUUCAACCAGAUAGGACUAACUGCCUUGCUGAAGAAAGCAACUGCAUAUGGAAAAAUGAUAAACUCAUCCAAGAGAUGACUUUAAGAUUGAGAAAUGUCAAGCAUGGGGAAAUAACUGUAGAAAUUGGGUGGGUUACUCUUCCAGAUUCAAAAGGCUUAUCACAAGUUCAGUUUUAG